AUGUUCAACGCGUUUGGUGAGUAUAGCGAAAUUGGUGCCAUCGCCUAUCGUGGUGUGAUUCCAAUACUAUACUUGUUGGCGGUUUAUAAAAAUCGCCAUCGCGAGCGAGCGACGUCGACGUUGGCGAUCAGCAGGAUGUUCGCAAUUGUGCUAAUUGCCGACGGACUAAUUAAAUCGUUCAACUACUACGUGGAAUCGAAUUCGGCCGCCGAGCUCACGGAGAUCCCGUUGGCCUACGCGGUUUUCGCGACAAUUUCAUUGAUAUUGCUGGUGAUUCAUGAUCGAAUCCUCGAUGGUCCGAUUAUUUCGACAUACUUGCUUCUGCUCGCUGUUCAACGCUACGUGAUGCUCGUCGGAAGGCCGGAUUUGCACAAGUACGUCACCGGCGUGUGGAUGAGCAAUAUUUUGAAUAUUACUAUCAUUUUGGGCGUCAUCAAUACCGCCAGCAUCUAUUUGAAUUGCCAAUUCGAGCUGAUCGAGGUGUGCUCGUUGAACUGCGUGCUGCGCAAUCAAUUCGCGUGCAAUAAUGGAACAGCAAUGGCGUUGAAACUAAUUGGCCAAUUAUAUUUGAAUGUCGUCAUCCAAUUAUUAUUCCCAAUCAUCUCGUUGAUCAUCUACGCGAUUUUGUUUUGGCGCACAUUCAAACCGCGCCAUUGUUCGGAUCGCUCGAAACGCGAUCAAUUUGAUGUGAGUUGGACGACGAUUCCGACGCUGAUCGCCAUCGUCGCUCAGUGGUGUGCGGAGAUUCUCGCGUCGCGUCGCGACUAUCCCGAAUUGUGCAACCACAACGCGUUUUGUGUGCUCAUUCCGAUUGGCUAUAUUUUCGGCGAUGUGCGCCAUUGGCGAAAUCUCAAGGAUUGUGUGUGUCGUCGAGCGAGAGUGAAUAAUUCGAUGGGCCGCUAUUGA